AUGACAGAGGUACCUGCAGCCCACGACCAUGCAGAGAGUAAACCAGAAGCGCCAAAGCACCAUGAUGUUGUGGUAAACGAGGGAAGUGUUACGAAAUUUGUUGACCCAAUUGAUAAAUAUACCGCAUUGGCUGUUAGGGUGAGUGAAUUCAAACCAUGACAGUUUAAUAAAACUUUUUAAUUUAGGGAACUAUCGUUGGUAUCGGUUUGGCUGGAGUCGUAAUUUAUCUCAGAAAUUCUCGACUUUUCCACAAAUUCCAACAUGUAAAUCAAAUUCCGAAAGAUUUUGUGAGAAAAGAAUUGGAAUUGAAAGGCAGAGUUCGGGAAGUUUUGCCAAGUGGAGAAUUGCGUGUCGAACAUGAACCUAUUAUGAGAAUUCCAUUUAUUCCCAAAAGAAAGAAUGCGAAUCCACAAGGAUUAUUGAAUUUACGUUUGGCUGGUGUUGAUUUGUCGAAAUCUGGACAACAAUUUUUGGCAAAGGAUUUGAGAUUGACAAAUAAACCAGUUACAUUUACUGUUAUCAAAGGAACUGAAGGUGAACCUGAUACAGUUGAUGCAGAUGUUACUGUCAAGAAGGUAAUUUAGAAUGGUUUUUCAUUAAUUGAUUUGAUUUUUAUUCGUUUUGUAGAAUGCUUUGUCACGAACAAAUUUGAAUCUUGAAGUUGUUCGUCGUGGAUAUGCACGUGUUCCAGCUCCAGAUCAACCAAAACAUUUGAAAGCACUUCAAACAAUUCCAGCGUAUUCAAGACUUAUUAGCCGGCUUUUGAUGAGUGAAAAGGUUUGCAUUUUUUUGUUAAAUUAUUGUUCUUCAAUUCAUUCAUUUUAAAGAUUGCUGAUAGACGUGGUGUUGGAGUUUGGGAAAGAGAUACUUGGGUUGAAUCAGUCCAAUCUUAUCCAUCACAAGUAUCUGGAAUUGUUCGAUCAGCUGCUAUCACAAAAGCUGUCGUAAGUAAAAGGCGCUAAAAGCUUAAUCCUGCCGCAGUUUUCCCGAAAUUAUUUUAAAAAAACUAUAUAUUUUUGCAGGUUCUACUCUACAAUGUUACAAAAGAUGUAGUUUUGUAUGGCGUCAAAUUAACUCAACAAACCUAUUAUGUAGUCUUGUCAAUCAUUGCUCAUAUUACAAACGGAUAUCGAAAAUUUUCAGUUGGAGUCGAUAAAUUGACUGAUAAAUAUAAUCGAGUUCGUCAAAAAAUCGGCAAGUAA